AACAGCUUAGAGAGCUGGCCUCGGAUUUGAUUAACACUAAUUCAUCUUCGAACAAGCUUCGGUAUAAAGAGAUAUAUCCUUCCCAAUGGACCUUAGAGAAAGUAAGUGUAAGGCAUACAAUAACAAUACAUUUGGAAAAAUCACAUGGCUCAUAAACUAGAGCAAUGUAUCCUCUGGGACAUGGGAAACAAUUUGAGCCUACAGGUAUAUUUUCAGCAGCACAUGUGACAAAGCAACAUUGAAAUAACUGAUAUGAGUUCGGUACCCUUACCCUCUGAGCGAGAAAAGAACAGGAGACCCAUCGUAUGUACAUCAGAUACCUCCACUGCCAGUUAUCAAGCAGGACCAAGACAUUUUGAUAAAAUGCCCAGUUUUGGGGAUACACCAAGUUUCUCAUUUGAUUACUAUGAUCAUGAGACACCCAGAAAUUUCAGAAAGUCACAAAAGCAACACGAUGUCAAGCUGUCAUUAAAUGAACUAAAGCCUAACAAGUAUUUACAUUUUAGUGACUCUUGUAAGAGCUUCUUUAGAAAGAAGAGGACAGAUGGAGAACCUUUAACACUAAGGAAUUUAGAAGGUGUACACUGCUCACCCCCUAUUACCCCUAUCCUUGAUAUCAGCAGAGACUCCAGCUUUACAGAGAAGACUGAGGACCACAGCAAGCGAUCCAGCACCAUUGGCAGUCAAGAAAUGAAGAUCAUAAAACCUUUAGGUUCACUGGAUAGAAGGAGUCAGGUGUCAACGAACUAUGGAGAAAAGGUAGAAGCAUAUAACCUUAAAUACUCCUACAUGAAGUCAUGGCCAGGUUUGCUAAGAAUCUUGGCUGGAGUCCAACUGCUUUUUGGGGGCAUGGUAUUUGCCUGUACGUGUGCAUAUAUUCAGAAAGACUAUCAAUGGUACAACCUUUUUGGCACGGAACUUCAAAGAACAUUGCCGGGUGGCUAUAGCUACUAUGGUCCAAUGACUCCAUUUGUGAUGGUUGUGGCCAGUUUGGUGUUUUUUAUUACAUUAAUCCUUCUGGGGUUGGGUCUGACAAUGUAUUACCGGACCAUUCUUCUAGAUUCACAUUGGUGGCCUCUCACAGAGUUUGCCAUCAACAUCAUCAUGUUUCUUCUUUACAUGGCAGCUGGCAUUGCUUACGUCAAUGACUUAAACCGUGGUGGCCUCUGUUACUCUGUAUUUGCCACUAAUCCACUGAUGGUGGCAUUCUGUAGGGUGGAAGGGGGACAGAUAGCAGCGAUAUCUUUCCUUUUCUUCAACAUGUUUAUAUACUUGGUCAGUUCUCUGGUGUGUCUCAAAAUGUGGAGGCAUGAGGAGAGUCGCAGGCAGGCCAGGGAUAUUAAGAGAAUGGAGAGACCCAGAAGGAUAGUUUUCCAAGAUGAAGUUGAAAAACUGGGAGACAACAAAAGAGGAGUUACCAAUACCAUCCAUUUCUCAGAUAAAGGCAGUGAAACUGGAGCCUUAAAUUAUUCUGUUCCCAUCGGGCAUCGACCAAAGCCUCAUGUUGUUCCAGAUUAUGUACUGAAAUACCCAGGAAUCAGGAAUGCAGAAGAACGUGAAAAUUAUAAAGCUGUGUUUAAUGACCAAUAUGCAGAAUAUAAAGAGUUAUAUGGGGAGGUGAAAACAGCCUUGCUGAAAUUUAAAGAGCUGGACAACAUGAUGAAUAAACUGACCAGUGGGCCACAGAGCUCUAAGGCACCAGAAAGAAUCAAAACAAUAAUCCAAACAUAUGACAAGAAGAAAAAUGACCCUGCAUUUGUGGAGAAGAGGGAUCGCUGUGCAUAUUUAAAGGAGAAACUCGCACACAUAAAGAAACAGAUCCAGACCUAUGACCAGCGAGAUGGAUCGGUGUACUUUUGAUUGAAAUGUAUUCAGAUAUAUUUAUAUAGGAAAGGAGCACUUUAGUUCUUCAGCAGCAAAUGCAGCAAUAUGGUUAAGGGAUAAGGUUAGAGAAACAUGACAUGAAAUCCUAACCAUUUUAACCCAAGAAUGUAUUUUUAACCUUUUUCUACAUUGUCAACAUUUUAUUGCAUUUUUAGAAAUACAUGUAAAUACAUGUAAAUAGAGAAAAAUAGUUGUUUCAUAACUCAACUCAGUUCUUGCUUAAGUCCCUACACCAUCU